AUGACUGGUACUUUACGUGAGUUCUUGACGGCGAAGAGCCCGAAGAUCCAAUGGCAGGUUCUGUCUAAGGUGUUCGAGUCUCUAACAUGCUCAAUUUGCCAUGAAUACAUGUAUGUUCCGAUGAUGACUCAGUGUGGUCACAACUAUUGUUAUGAUUGUUUGCUGGCCUGGUUUGAAAGUAAUCCCGAGGAGGAGUUGAGCUGUCCUCAGUGCAGAGCAUCAGUGAUCAAUACACCGGCUCUGAAUAGUGCUCUAAAACAGUGGCUACACACAGUUUUCGAAGCCCUUCAAGAAGAAGAGAUUGAAGAUGAUGAUGAGAGACAGAUUUUUUCGAAAUUAGUGGAAGCUAAGGAAAGUUGUGAACAAACUUAUAAGCAAGACGAAAAGAACGAUGAUCUGUUCAAAGGGAUCUUCAAAAACAGUGCUGUUGGUGUUGUUGAUAAAGAGGAUGAUGGUAUCCUAAGAUGUAGCAAUUGUCAUUGGGAAUUGGAAGAUGAUGAAGACGAUAUGUGCCCGCAUUGUCAUUUGAGAAUUAGAAGCAGGCCUAACGUGAGUCGACCUGGAUCAGAUAGCGAAGAAGAGUACUCUGGUGAUGAAUUCCAACGAGAGUACAUAAGGGGUAUACCAUUGGUUUCAUACUCUGAAUACGCUACUGAUUACUUCAUGUGCGUUAAAAUGUACAUGCGGAAUUUGAAAAAUCCUAGCGAUAUUAUCCAAGAGGAACAUGAUUAUGAAAAGCCAUUACAUUUCCAUGAAUCGUUUCUUCCUGGUCGUGCUGUCAUGUUAUAUCCAUCAUUUAGUGCCUAUUUUUAUUUCACUUAUUCAUCCUGUUUGAUGAACCGUCGAAUAUUCGUGCGAAUUAUCCAGGAAUUGGAAGAAAUCGGUCACGAUGAGGAAGAGCUAGAGGAGUUUAUUGAGAACGAGUACCGAUGGUAUGUCGAACAAUCUCAUGACGGUUUUGAUGAGGAUGUAUUUCGCACUAAGGUCAAAAACCUUCAGAAAUCGGUUCAGGCAUAUGAGGCAAAACUUAAAGAAUAUCUCGAAGAGUAUAGCAAUGUCAGUGAUCCUUCAUUGAACAACUUCCAUAUCAGGUUUCCGCUCUUGGUCAGAAGAACUGUGGAUGAAGGCGUGGACCUCGUAAUUCCAUCGUAUUCCGUGUACGCUCAAUGUGAUUAUACACUAGACGAUGAAGAGAGAGCGAAAGUUGUGCCAAUGGUUAGGCAUAUAGAAAGUCAUAGCGCUUGUAGAAGAUAUCGAGACACAGACGAUGAGAUGGAUUCGUCGAUGGACGAUUUUAUCGCUAGUGAUGACGAAGAGAUGGCGCCAAACAAUCUAGUCGAUUUAGACGCGAGUGAGCAUUCUAGUGACAGCGAUAGUAAGCGUUCUCACGAUGAAGAAGAGCUAGAUAGUGAUUACUUUGAGCGCAACGAGGGCGAAGGAUUUGUCUCUGGUGACAGUCUCGAUGAUGGGAAUAAUGAGGACACCAGCGAACAAGGAGGAGAUGCUGACGGCGACGACGACGAUGACGAUGAUGAUGAUGAUGAUGAAGAUUCAAAUGUGGUUCACAAGGCUCGUAAAAGGAAUCGUGCCAUAGUUGAAGCCAGCGAAGACGAAUCCAUGUAA